UCCUUGUAUUAAGAUUCUCCUAUCAUGAAAACAACACUGAUGGCAAAACUUGUAGGAAACCAUUGACAUGAUUAUGCAUGAAAAACGUGUAUUAUUAUUAAAAAUUUUUUUACCCGUUGCAACGCACGGGCAUUUUUGCUAGUCUAUUAAGUAUAUAAAACAUAAAGCUAAAUCAGGUAAGAUCGGCUGAAACCCCGAUACUAUCCUAAUCGACAACCAAAGAAGCAGGCUAGAGAUUGAGGUUAUAAUCAUGACUUAUGAGGUCAAACAUAACCGAUACAACCAUAAGUAUGAAAAUAAAUACAAUAUCUAGACAAUCAAGCUGUUGAAUGUUUCAUAGGGUGGUGGAUACCCUAUAUAAUCUAAGUCAACGUUGGUAUUUAACCUAAUCGGCUGCCUUCCAGUGAUAGAUAUUAGCCGAUUGAGAGUUAAAUAACAAUAUUGCCAGAGAUUAUAUAGGAUAUAUGAUAACUCGACGAUUUACAUAAACAGGAUUAGAAUGUCAUAAAGAUGGAAGCACUAAUCCUGAGAACGCAAGCGCCAUAACAAGCUUUACCUCUAGUUGAAGAUUGAAACUGAUGCAGUUCAACCCGAAAGCUAGAACUCGUCGAAAGUAAAAGGGUGGCGAUGCGCCGAGAUUGUAUUGAACGAUUGUUAUUUGAUUACAUGGGUUCGGGUCAUAUUUAUACCCGAGAUACAAAAUAUUUCCUUGUCAGACACGACUCUUAUCUCUAACAAACUCUAAUAUACCAUAAGUCUUUGCGGCAGACUUUUGCCCAAACUUAUCUCUAAGGAGUUUACAUAAAAUAUCCUAAUUAAUAGAUACGAUUACCUUUUCGGGACCCAAUCCAUGCGUGGCAAUCCAUAUGAAGCACAUUAACUCAACCCGACAACGUGUACCGAGUUACAUUGUCGGAAUUGGCUCAAUCGGCUACCUUGUCCGACUCGAACUCUGCCGAUCCUGAUCGUAGCCGAUUCGGACUUCGGCCGAUUCUUGCUCUAUUUCCGGAACGAUCUAUCUCUUGGAUUCCGCUUCGAUUUUAUCUUCAUCUCCGAUACUUAAAUUACUAAAUUUGGUUGUUAACACGUUCCAAGUAGCGACGGCGCUAGGUGGGGCUCCACGCCUCCACUUCUCCUCGACAGGGUCGGAAGACGCGGACGACGGUUGCGCUGAGUGGAGCCACGGACGACGACGCCAUCGAGCUGUGGAUCUCGAGAGGCUCCUCUUCCUCUCCGUCGCCUCCCUCACCAUCUCCGGAUUGACUUCCGCGGCGUGACCUCUCCCUCUCCGUCGACUCCUUCUCCCCCGUUUAUCUUCCUCACUAUCAGCGCCCACGCAACGGCGGCAAUCUCGUUGAGCGCGGAUCUAACCGGAGAGGUGGUCCAGGCGGCGUUGUCUCCAAGCCCACGUAAGCUGUGGCGGCAGCCUCGGCGGUGGCGGAGAAGUCGGAGGAGAGGAGUUGUAGCUUUGGAUCGGUCGCACCCGCUUUCCGAGGCUCGUUUCCUUGCUUUUUCUGACAAAGCUAGCUGAAGAAGGAGUGCCCUUGUUUGGACGCGCGGGCUUCUGGUGGGGAGCGCCAGCUACAGACGUGGCACCUAAUCUCCAAUGUGUCACACAUAGCUAGGCAGGAGCAAUGUGAAUGGUACUGCGGCUUAGGGAUGUCAGUUAAACUCAAAGACAUAAUAAACAUAUGGGACGGCAAGUGGACUUAUUUCGUGAAAUGGGCCAAAAGGUUAGGCAAGCUGUGCGGGUGGGCCUAGCCCAUGUGCACCCUCUUCUACUUCUAGGAGGAGAGGAGUAGUUGCUUGCUCAUGUCAUGUUGCGUUGCGUUGCGGGAGGAAGAAGGGAAUCUGAUUGCUUCCUUCUUCCUUCUUCGAUUCAGAAUCACUUUGUUUCUUCUUUCUUCUUCUAUCUAUCUAUCUACCUGUGGAGACGAGAGGAGAGGAAAUCUAUGGCGUCUCCUCCUUCGCCCUCCGCAUCACGCGCAGUCGCAGUCGAGAGAUCACCGGGGUUCGGCUUGGAGCCCUCCUCCUCCUCCUCCUCGUCGUCGUCGGCCCCCUCAAGGUUUACCCGUGCCUGGCAUCAUAUUCAUGGGGGGAGACACCCUGGACAUACACUAAUCUCUGCAACUCUUAAUCUAACACCCCACUCGCAUUCUGCACUACAACUGAACCCAUCACAACACUAAGCUCAGGAAUGAGCUGCUGACUAUGGUGAAAAAACAUUCCCAUUUGAUUGGGUGGACAGUUGUUGAUGCUGAAGAUGAUGCAUCAGACGUGGGAAUGGAUGAUCGAUUCUGGCAUGAAAUGCUUGAUCUUUUCUUCGUGCGUGGUAGGGUUUCAAAGAGGAGGGAAGAGGAUGACCUCGUCUUUUUUGUUAAUAAUAAUAUGAAAAUGCAUGGCCAUGGGUUCAACGAUAACAUGGAAGAUCCACCUCCUUUUUUUGUGAGAAGAUGGGCUCCUAUGCUUGAAAAGAUCAGCAAUAUAAAUUCAGCUGGAGUUGAUUGGGAGCGUUCAUUCUAUUUGAAUUUAAUUGCUCACACAUCAUACACUGUUACAGUUGCAAUAUGCAGUGUCAGGGAUCUUCGCAGCCGUGUAGAGAAAAGCAAACCAUUAUCACCAGUUUAUAAGGUCACAAAAACUGUGUAUGCAUCCCCAAGCCGUGUAAAUUUUCAUCUUGAUCGAAGAAAGGCUGUGGAAACUGUACCUGCAUAUCCCAAUAUUUGUUUCUCAGUUGAUGACUUCGAUGAUACUUUUGAUGCUGUUGUUUUGUCAGACCCCGAACAUUGCUAUUGUGUGAUUCUCAAUGCACAUGAUGGGGCAGCUUUUCCUGAAGACACUGAAUCGAAGAAUGCCAGCUCAAAUCUACUAAACACUGGGAGCAACCAAGAAAAACCACCAAAGAGAACACUCUUCUCAGGCUACGUUAGCUACCAAAAUGUUCGAGAAGCCUACAAUGCUGGCAGAUCACAAUUUGGGAGCUUACUCUCACUCGGGCAUGACCAAACUAAACUUGAUAAACUUUAUAUGAGGGGCCCUGAAGGACGUGGGGAAGUUGAAGUAGCUGUUUCUGGAAUUGCAGAUCAGAGCCAUGAGAGAUCAAAGAAAGAUCCAGGAGAUAGCUUUCGAGUCUUUGUUCAUAGGGCAGCUUCUGCUGCAUCAAAGCUGGCAAAGCAUGCCUACGAGGCUGCAUCUACCAACAAACGAUUUGAUCAUGAGCUUCUGCCUCUGAAAUGUUGCUUGAUGUCGGUAUCUCUUCCUUGGGACUACAUUGCACAUGACCUGCUACACAAGGAAACCCCUCCGCUGGACCUAUGAGAGACUGCGAAUUCCCAUUGUGCACCAGAAAGAAUGAUAUAUGUGCAUGAUUGUGGGAAAGUUUGUGUCCCUUGGGCUCGAUAUAGUGUAAGAAAACAGUGAGCAGAGAAGCAGUGCUGCGAUGUACAUGUGUACUUUAAACAGACUAAAACUUGUAGAAUUUUCAUGUGUGUUUGUACAAUGUUGAAAGUAGGCGAUGAAAUAAUGUAAAUAUAUAUUUUUUUGGUUGUCAUGAGGAAGACUCUUCACUGUUGCUAUUU